UGGGUUUUAUCUGCUAUGAGAUGUUUUCCCUCCUUCUGGGUUUGCCUCCCCUGCUUCUAUUAGAGUAGUCAGUGCUAGCUUUUUUUCUGCCUGGACAUCUAUACUCUCCAGAACCUUGGUGCUCUAAAUUGAGCAGCUUGUUGUCAGCAUCAUCCCAUGCUUGAGCAUGCAUUUUUGCCUGCUGUGCAGAUGUUUUCAUAGGACAUCUGGCUUAGGUGCUGCCCUUCUGCCCCCAUGUGGGGUGUGAUCCUAAUGAACCUCUUUCUCACCCCAUCUCCAGCAUGCAGCAGUCUGACUGGCAACAGGCUGAAUUAAUCAGUGCCUUGGUGCCUCACACUGCCGUUCCUCUCCCUCUCUCUCUUUCUCUGCAGCGUUGCGCUCUGCGCACUCUCUCACUCUGUAUUACACUCUGCUUCUCUGUGAGUAGCAGCAUCAGCAGCAGCAUUGGAAGUUGUUGCUCAAGGCUCCCAGUGGUGCAGCAGUCUUAGCCCUGAUGCUUUUUAAACAGACAGAUUGGUGGAUGCCCCAGCAAGCCAAAAAUGGCAAAGAUGAGAUGACUGCAAAUUUGGGUCUGACCACAACAAAGGCACUGACUGUCCUCCGAGACCAACUCUCAACACUGUUGGAGGGGCAUCAGAAGGAUCGGAAGAAGGUAGUUUCAUGGAAGGAAGUGUGGAAGACCAGUUUCUUGCACCAUGGCAACCGUUGCUCUUGUUUCCAUUGGCCGGGAGCAUCUUUAAUGCUGUUGGCAGUAUUGCUACUAUUAUGCUGUCAUGGGAGCCAGCCACAAGGAAGUGAAGGUUCUGAAAUUGUAAAUGCCUUGGCCUUGUUCCUGCUGGUCCUUCUGGAUCUCUUCCUGAUUGGGCGGCAAGAGGGGUUGAAGUGUCGGGAAGUUGAACGGCGGCUUCGGAACAUUAUCAACAAAAUAGAUGAGGUUUUAAAAGAUGGCAAAGAGCCAAUUUGGGCAAGUACCAUGUACCCUGAUGUUCACAUGCCUUUUGCCCCAUCAUGGUCCCUCCACUGGGUCUACAGGGAUGGGCGUCUCAUCAAUCUCCCAGUUAGCUUGUUAGUAGAAGGUGAUGUUGUUGCUCUGAGGCCGGGACAGGAAUCUUUCACUUCUCUCAGAGGGAUUAAGGAUGAUGAACACAUUGUCCUGGAGCCAGGAGAUCUGUUUCCCCCCUUUUCUCCUCCCCCUUCACCCAGUGGAGAGAUGAAGAAGGGACCCCAGAAUCCCCAGCUGUAUCGACUAUUUCGUGUCACAAAAACACCAGUGAUUGACAAUGUCAGGUUAUGUUUGGAAAUGGCCUUGUCACGACCUGUGACUGCUCUGGACAAUGAAAGGUUCACAGUACAGUCAGUGAUGCUCAAGUUUGCUGUCCCUGUUGUCUUGACUGGCUUCCUCAUCACCAAUGCUAUGCGCUUUGUUUUCAUGGCUCCUGGAAUAAUCCCUUGGCAAUACACUUUUUUUCAGUUACAGGUCAAUGGUGUAUUGCCCAUCCUCCCAUUGCUGUUUCCUGUCCUGUGGAUUCUUGCUACUGCCUUUGGCGAGGCCAGAGUUUUGGCCCAGAUGAACAAGACCUCACCCACUUCCUUGCUGGCUAAGUUUUCAGAAGACACACUCAGCAGCUACACAGAGAUGGUAUCUUCACAGGAAAUGAUCCGUUGUAUUUGGAGUCACUUCUUGCGUGUUCUGAAGGGAAAAUCCCCAACUCUUACCUUUACUUCUAGCUUGCUUCACAGCUUGGGAUCUGUCACAGUGCUUUGCUGUGUGGAUAAGCAAGGAAUUCUGUCCUGGCCUAAUCCCAGUCCAGAGACGGUUUUGUUCUUUAGUGGCAAAGUGGAACCACCUCAUAGCAGUCAUGAAGACCUGACGGAUGAACUCUCCACACGGUCCUUCUGCCACCCAGAAAUUGAUGAAGAGCCCCAUGAAAGGGAUGCUCUUCUCUCUGGGCCUUUGUCAGAUGUUGUUCACAUCACCAAUGAGCAAGACAGGGCUGAGUGGUCCACCUGCAACACCCCUAAAUCUUCGGAUGCGCACAUUCACAAGAAACCCAGUGGUCGCAGCAAGCACCACUCGGGAUCCAAUGUGAGCUUUUCCAAAGACAUUGAAGGGGGAGAAGAGGAACCAGCGAAGGUUGAGGGUGACAACGAGGGACUGACCUGUGAGGCUGAAGACUUUGUAUGUGAUUAUCAUUUGGAGAUGCUGAGCUUGUCACAGGACCAGCAGAAUCCUUCCUGCAUCCAGUUUGAUGAUUCCAAUUGGCAGAUGCAUCUAACCUCCCUGAAGCCCCUGGGCUUGAAUGUGCUCCUCAACCUAUGCAAUGCCAGUGUGACAGAGCGCCUGUGCCGUUUUUCUGACCAUCUCUGCAACAUCGCCCUGCAGGAGUCGCACAAUGCUGUGUUGCCAGUGCAUGUGCCGUGGGGACUUUGUGAGCUUGCCAGGCUCAUAGGCUUUACACCUGGUGCCAAAGAGCUGUUCAAGCAGGAAAACUACUUGGCACUUUACCGCCUGCCGUCAGAUGAGAUGGUGAAAGAAGUGAUGGUUGGAAAGCUUUCAUUCAUCACCAAAAGGAGACCGCCUUUGAGUCAUAUGAUCAGCCUUUUUGUGAAAGAUACCACUACCAGCACUGAGCAGAUGCUUUCCCAUGGGACUGCGGACAUCAUCCUUGAAGCUUGCACAGACUUUUGGGAUGGCUCUGACAUUUAUCCUCUCUCUGGAUCUGACAGGAAGAAAGUGUUGGAUUUCUAUCAGCGUGCCUGUCUCUCAGGGUACUGCUCUGCCUUCUCUUAUAAGCCGAUGCACUGUGCCUUGUCCUCUCAGCUCAAUGGCAAGUGCAUAGAACUGGUGCAGGUCCCUGGACAGAAUGCUAUCUUCACCUCCUGUGAUCUCCCUGGCACUACUCCCAUCAAGCAGACCAGCCGGAGGAACAGCUGGAGCUCAGAUGGGAUCGGGGAAGUGAUGGAGAAGGAGGACUGCAUCCAGGCUCUGAGUGGCCAGAUCUUUAUGGGAAUGGUCUCUUCCCAGUAUCAGGCUCGAUCCGAUGUUGUUCGCCUGAUUGAGGGACUUGUCAAUGCCUGCAUUCGUUUUGUUUACUUCUCUCUGGAAGAUGAGCUCAAAAGUAAGGUAUUUGCUGAGAAGAUGGGUCUUGAGACUGGCUGGAACUGCCAUAUAUCCCUGACGCCCAAUGGAGAUGCUCCCGGGUCUGAAAUCCCACCUUCCAGCCCCAGCCAUGCAGGCUCCUUGCGAGACGACCUGAAUCAGGUCUCACGAGAUGAUGCAGAGGGCCUUCUGCUGAUGGAGGAAGAAGGACACUCAGACCUUAUUAGCUUUCAGCCAACAGACAGCGAUAUCCCCAGCUUUCUGGAGGAUUGUAAUCGGGCCAAACUUCCACGGGGAAUCCACCAGGUGAGGCCCCACCUGCAGAACAUUGACAACGUGCCUUUGCUCGUUCCUCUGUUUACUGAUUGCACCCCGGAAACCAUGUGUGAGAUGAUCAAGAUCAUGCAGGAAUAUGGGGAGGUCACGUGCUGCCUGGGCAGCAAUGCUAACCUACGAAACAACUGCCUUUUCCUCCAGAGUGACAUUAGCAUAGCACUGGAUCCUCUUUAUCCUUCCCGAUGCUCUUGGGAGACAUUUGGUUAUGCCACCAGCACUAACAUGACCCGUAUUUCUGAUGAGCUCACACCUCUUCAACUAUCUGGCCAGCUGAACAGUUUGUCUUGUUCCCUGUCUAUUUAUCCUGAAGAGACUAUUGGGAUCAUCAGACUUAUAGAACAGGCUCGUCAUGCAACAUAUGGCAUUCGUAAGUGUUUCUUGUUCCUGCUACAGUGUCAGUUGACUCUGGUCAUUAUCCAGUUCCUCUCUUGCCUGGUGCAGCUGCCUCCCAUUCUCAGUACCACAGACAUUUUGUGGCUUUCUUGCUUCUGCUACCCAUUGCUAAGUGUUUCCCUCCUGGGCAAGCCACCCCAUAGUUCCAUCAUGUCUAUGGCCACUGGGAAAAAUCUGACCUCCAUUCCUAAAAAGACUCAGCACUACUUCCUGUUCUGCUUCCUCCUGAAAUUCAGCCUCACCAUCUGUUCCUGCCUGGCUUGCUUUGGCUACAUGCUGCAAGAUUACUGUGCAAACUUCAACUCCUCUGCGUUCAAUGUAAAUGUCACAGGCUGCUCUUCUAUCACGCUGCACAGGGGUGUAGAACCCUCCCCUGAUUGGUUUGGAUCAUUUUCUAACAUUCUUCUCCUGGCUCAGAAGUUUACAGCUGGAACGAUUGUCUUACACACUGUAUUUAUAUCUGUCACCCAUGUCCAUCGUACUAAACCACUGUGGAAGAAAAGCCCCUUCACUAACUUCUGGUGGACCCUGACUGUGGUGGUUGUAUUGCUGGGUCAGGUCAUCCAGACCUUCUUGGACUUAACACUCUGGGUAAACCUUGAGUCUCCUGUGACCUACCAAAUGCAUGACAUUCCCAUGGCUUCCUGGCUGUUGGGUUUGCUCUCUCUUAUCUUUGUCGUCAUCAUCAAUGAAACAGUCAAGCUCCAUGAGAUCAGGGUUCGAGUCCGUUAUCAGAAGAGACAGAAGCUGCAGUUUGAAACCAAGCUAGGCAUGAAUUCUCCAUUCUAGGUGCUCCAAGAGGCCUGAAGGCUGCAUGUCACUUUUUAAAAUUGUCACAUCCCUUUGCUGGGAGAGAGAAACCAGCCUCGCAUGUGGAUCCCCGUGGCAGGAGUGGAUCAAGGCAUACCAACCCUCAAGUGAUGGCUCCAGCAGGAGAAGAAGAAGCUGGUGAAGAUGUAAUGCCACGGUGACGACAUUGGAGAUACAUGUAAUGCUGCUGCUGCUACUGCUGCUACUUAGGUUAUUUAUUUUUGUAACUCUUCCCUUGGAAUCCAGCUGAUUGACUUGGAUGCAAGAGUGUGCCCUUAUGCAAGGAAAACUAAUCCUGAUUUUCUUUUCUCCCAGUUUUUCAUAUCUGACAACAUACCCACACAUGCACAUGCAUACACAUCGUUCUUGCCUUGGUGACCUUCUUGUCAGUCGCUUCCCUUUACAUAAGAUGAUACCUAUUGGUUCAGGGGAGCACAGCACUAUUUCCCUAGGAAGGCAUUUCCUGGUUGUUCACCCUGCAGACAACCUCUGGGAGACAGCCCCCUCCUUCUCCUCACAAAGGUUGCUCUCCCUAACAACAUGGGUGGGAGGGCUCCCUUGCCACAGAUGAAUAGAAUUGCAGCAUGCCAAACAGAAAUGUUUGGAGGUUUGUCCACAAGAGUGUAACUUUGUCAGCAGUUACUGUGGUCAAAUUCCUCUAGAAUGUAAAGUGCGUAACAGCCCAGGGCCUUCAUUCCUGUAGUGGAGAAUUCUUUAGGGAAUGAAUAACACUUUUGUGGCCAUCCCGGCUGGGCCAUCAAGGUACUCCUUCUUAGUACCCAACACUUUAAAAAAAUCCUGGAUUUGUCUCUUAAUCUUUUCCUCCCCCUCCCUGCCUCCCCCCCAUUUGACAGACCUCAAGAGUGUCAGAACAUGGAAGUUCACGUACUCAUAUGCACAUGGAAGAAAAUGUGUCCCAUGAUGUUUGUGUUCUGACCCUGAUUACAUAUUUUCUUCAGUGUGAGAGUGCAUUUAAAAGCAAUCUUGGCCUUGCUCACAUCUCUUCCUGCCUUAUAUCCAAAGGCUGGACCUUGAGCUUUUCAAAAACAGUAACUAGGCUUUCUCUGCUACACCUGAAUCCUCCCUGCAAUUAAGAGGAUGUCAGUGCUCUAUUUUGUUUGGUAAAGAUGUGGGUGGUGGUGGACACAAUCCCUGCACCACCACCAUGCCAAGAUCUCUUUCAAAAUACAGAGUCAGUCUAGAAGAGAACUCAACCAAAAUCGGGAGGGAACUUGCAAUUUCCUUGUUACCUCUUCUUUAUUACUUGCCAGUUUUUUUUGAUAGGAAGGAAUUAAAAUCACUACCUCUAUGGCCAGCCUCCUUCAUGUUGUUUCUUUUGGGGACAAUGCCAGCAGCACCUGCUUUGUAAACAACAUUUACAAAAGUUUAUUUCAUCAACUUUAGAUAACAGGGUAUUUGCUGGACAGGCAAAGUGUUUUUUGUUUUUUUGGAUGAAGCAUUCUGGGAUACUGUGGAAUGGCUUUCAAUAUUCAGGGGUUCCAGGUUGACCUGCAUGCUCUGCUGGAGAUUUUGCCUAGUAUAGUCUUGUCUGACGUGAUGUUUCUCAUAUGUUGGACCCUGUGUCCCAUCAUUGCCAGCUAGCUGGGUAAGUCCAAUACACCUGGAAGGCAUGUAGCUAGAGAAGACAGUUUUUGACAGCUGUGGUCAUUCUGGGUCAAGAUAUGAAAUGUGUUCAUAUCUUGACCCACCAUAGCAAAUAAAUUAAUAACCUUGUUGAAAACUCUUCUUUUAUAAGGACUGGACUCAAACCAAUUGGCCAUGAUUGUUGAACUGGCCAUAGUGCUGAAUCCAUGGUACAUAACCCCCCCCCCCCCCCCCCGCCCCAAAGUAGGGUGGUAUUUUACUCUUCUAUCCUGGGUGAAAUGGCAUUUAUCUUUGCUAGGUGAUUAUCACAGCUGUUAUUGAGAUUGCUGGUGAUGGUGGGGAUUGAUAUCUUGUCUGCAGCAGGGCUAGAGAAUGUUCCUUAAAGAUCUCUUUAGAGUUCUCAAGAAGUUGUGAUCUUAGCCAUGUUUGACCUUGGCUAGGGAUUUGGAUAGCAGACUAUUUUUAUAUUUCAAAAUAGGUUGUUGUCUAAAAUCACUCCCCCCCCCCCCUUAUUUUGAACUUUGCUCCUUCCAAUACAUUACUAAAGCCUUGUUGUCUUUUCAUAUCAUGUGAGCUAUAUGUGAUGGGCCUCUAGGACCAGGGAGCUUUGGGGAAUGUACUCUGGUCCAUACAUUGGCAAGUAUCCUGCUUUUUCCCAGUGCCAGAUUUGCUGCUGGCAUCAGAACUGGCCUGAGGUAGAGAUACCUGGCUUUCACCCAUUAGAGGUGCUGGGCCCAUGUGUAUCUGUUAUGCUAAACUGCUCUGCUAGGAAAAGGUCAGCUGUCUUAAUUUUUGUAGCCACAUUUAAGCAGUUUCCCUUGCCUCUCCUAUUUAUAGAUGCCUACAUCCAUUUGGCACAGGAAUGUUCUUAGGAUUGUGACCCACAAAAGACUGAGCUAUAGUAGUUGUCCUGCAAGAGGUGACAUGAUGGCUGACAACUUGGAAUGUGAUUUUCUUCCUAGCACUUUCAGACAUACCUCCUCUCCUACAAGAGUCAGAACACAAGUGAGUCUUUUCAAAGGCUGUCGCUUGAUGGAGGCCUUGUGACUCCAUUUCUCCUUCACAGCCAGGGCUUCAGAAGAGCGUGGGCAGAGCUUCUUUAGGAGUGAAUUCAGUCCAUCAAACUGUUUUUAAAUGAUGUAUAUUUUAUAUUUAAAACAUUUUUGGGGAUGUAUGUAAAAUAGAUUUGUAUUAUUAAAACUUGUAAAUUGUAUAAAAAGAAACAAAGAGCACCUGAUACAAAUGGCAAUAAAUGAUUUUCUUUGAUACAGUA